AUGACCAACACUCGCAAACCAACAGUCCUGACCGACCUUCCUCUGGAACUGUUACUCAUGAUAUCAGAUCACCUAUCUGUAGUCGAUAUUGCAUGUCUAGCUUUAUGCAAUUACCACUUAAUGGCUUCCUUCAUAGACACAAAAUCCGCAUUCGACAAUUUCUCGAAGCGCCGCAUCAUUGAUCUUAACGAUGCCGUCCGAAUCGAAUUCAUGACCCGGCUUGCUCACGACCUGCCGCCAUACUAUCUCUGUUUUGGUUGUCUCCGGCUUCAUCGAUGGUGGAACAUCGAGCUACCCGGUCCCCAUUUCGACUUCCUCAACCUGCCUAAAUGCUUCAAACCACUAAGUUACAACGACAGAUACGGACACCGAAGACGCGCGCUGGAACUCGAAUACUACCCCUCCUACACCAGGUGUCAGCUUCAUUUCGUGCACGUGCAGCUUGCGAUGCGACGGUUCUACUGCGGUCCGCGGUUUGGCCUCAAAGCCGAGUCUUUCUUCAGUACUGAAGUAGCCAUUCAUUCUCUUGAAAACGGCACCUUGGGGCCAAUCGCCAACGAAAAACCACAUGACAAUAUCAUGACAACGCUGACGUCAAUUGAAGCCCGGAUAUGUCCUGCUCCAUCGCCAGGUUUGUGCGUAAGAGCGCAAGAGCUGGCCGUGGUGAGACGUCAAAAUGUGUCACAGCUUCGGCCAAAGCUUAAGGCAGGGUAUAUGCGGACCUGCGGGCAUAUGUCCACCAUUUUGCCGGACUUUUGGCAGAUUAUGGAUCCGCUUCUGGAUCGGUUCAGCUCCGAUUCAGCUCCGACGCACGUGAGUGACCAAGGACGCUGCAGGAAAUGCAAUACAUCAUGGAAGCUGGAGCUCCGUGACGUGGGACCAGGAGACGCCUGUCUUGUCCUGACCAAGUGGAUGGACCUAGGACCGGGGCUGAGCCCAGAAGACCCUCGAUGGCUGUGUCACCUCAGUACUAUACCCAGGGUAUCUUUGGCAGACGACGAACUAGUAUCCGACCCCCAAGCGCGAUUCGAAAGGGAUUCAAUCCAAGCUACCAAGGCAGAUGCAUUAUCUGAUGAGGAGAUGUUCAAUCGAAAUAUGUCACUCCUUCGGCGGCACGAAUACCAAAUCAACAUGACCAAAGUUGGCCGCUCAAGGUGGUUUCUGAACGCGGAAGAGGCUAAGAAACGGGAGCAAACGAAGAAGCGUGAGAUUUCUCGCUGUAUCAUUCUUUAG